AUGGCAGCGCUGGCGAGCGACGGCGGCGGCGAGCGGAGCCCAACCAAUAUCCCCGGGAGCUCGACAGGAGCCGGGGGCGCCGCGGCGGGAGCCUGGGACGGCGGGGACGGAGGCGACGCGGGAGCCCGGAGCGCAGCGGCGACAGUCCCCGGUCUCCCUCCGCUCGAGGACUACGAGUGCAAAAUCUGCUACAACUACUUCGACGCAGACCGGCGCGCGCCCAAGCUGCUGGCGUGCCUGCACACCUUCUGCCAGGAGUGCCUGAGCCAGCUGCAGCUCCGCGCCGCCGCCGCCGCCGCCGCCGCCGCCACCGCCGCCGCGCCUGAGCGCCCGCUGCGCCCGCCGCCCUGGCACGGCCCGCCCGGCGCCAUCGCGUGCCCCGUGUGCCGCCACCGCACGCCACUGCCCGACAGCCGCGUGCACGCCCUGCCCAACAAUACCAAGCUCGCCGAGGCCUUCCCGCUGGCCCUACGCGCCGCGCACGACCCGCUACCCCAGGACCGCCUUCCGCCGCUGCCCGCGCGCCGCCCAGCGCCAGCCGCGGCCCCGCCGCCCACCCCGGCCCCGCCGCCGCUGCCGCCGCCCGCGUCCGCCGGGGACGCGGCCCAAGGACCACGCGCCCGCGCCGGCCUGCGCGCCCCGGGCGCCUACGAGAGCUGCCAGAACUGCAAGCGCGCCGCGCUCACCGCCGGCUGCGUGUGCGUCGUCUUUUCCUUCCUCUCCAUGGUGGUGCUGCUCUUCACCGGCCUCAUCUUCGUCAACCACUACGGCGGCGGCGGCGGCGGAGCCCUCCCGGGAGGCGGGGCACCAGCUGGUGCGGCCCCGGCAGCCGGUUCUCCCUCACCUUCGCCCGUGGGGCCCAUCUGCCUGUCGGUGGCCAGCAUCCUGGCGCUCUUCUCGGUCAUCGUCACUUGGAUCGUCUGCUGGCUCAAGUACCGGCCCGAGGGCGCGGCCGCGGGCUCGGCGGGGGGCGGCGGCGGCCCAAGGGCGCGGGCGGCGGCGGGCGGCGCGCGGAGGAGCGAAACGUAG